AUCCAAAAAAAUUGACGUCGAGCGUACUACACUAGUUUUGAUGUUGUAAUAUUAGGUAUCGUCUAAAAAUCAAUUCAAUUUUUAAUUAUCUUGCCAUUAUUACCAUUUACUUUGUUUGUGCAAUAUUUCAUCAUGAAUUCUGUGUACUUCAAUUGAUUCCACUAAUAUUGUUACUUCCAUCACAAUGUUUUGGCAAUGUUUCACGUUUUUGGUAAUCCUGCCAGUUAUAUUCAUUGGAGUCAUAUCAAUAGCCACUUUUGUAUUGGUUCCAUUGGCUUUUAUUUUUGCGUCAUGGUAUAUGAGGAUCCGGGAACGUAAACUUCAGAGGCGGAACAGGGAUGGAGCGAAUGUCGCGUUCUUUCAUCCAUACUGCAACGCUGGCGGGGGAGGAGAGAGAGUACUAUGGGUUGCAAUCAAAGCUUUGCUGGAGAGGUAUCCAGACACAAACAUCUACAUAUACACAGUAGAAACAGCUGAACCAAAAACAAUACUAGAUAAGGCUCAGAACCAAUUCAACGUCAAAGUUGACCCAAACAAAAUCAAGUUCGUCCGGUUAACAUUGCAGAAGCUAAUUGAAGCUAAAACAUAUCCAUACUUUACACUCAUAUUGCAGAGUUUAGGCUCUAUGUUUUUAGGAAUGGAAGCAUUUAUGAAACUUAAUCCAGACAUAUACAUAGACACAACGGGUCACGCGUUUACAUACCCUAUAUUCCGGUAUCUAGCUCAGUGUCCAGUAGGCUGCUAUACACACUACCCCACGGUGACGUCGGCCAUGACGCGCCGCGUCAAGCAGCGCGUCGUGGGAUACAAUAAUUCGAGUAUAAUCGCCAGAAAUCCCAUAUUUACAUGGAUUAAGUUGCUGUAUUACAAAAUUUUUAGAUGGCUGUACCGUCUAGCGGGUCGGUGCGCGGACGUGGUGAUGGUGAACGGGAGUUGGACGGAGGGUCAUAUUAACGACGUGUGGGGGGUCCCCCUACAGACCCACAGGGUCUACCCUCCUUGCGAUGUAACAGAACUAAAGAAACUGACAUCUUUAGUGAAGGACUCUGACCCGAUUCGAAUCCUGUCCGUGGCUCAGUUCAGGCCGGAGAAGGACCACCCUCUGAUGCUGCAAGCAAUGUACGAGCUGAGGAACCUGCUGAUUAAGAACGAAAUGCUGUGGAACAAGAUAAAACUGGUUUUAGUCGGUUCCUGUCGCAACGCGGAGGACGAAGAACGCGUUCAGAACCUCAAAGAUUUGGCCAAACAUCUCUCUGUGGAGAAUUCAGUGCAGUUCGUAGUGAAUGCGCCGUUCGCAAGAUUGCUACAGUUGUAUCAGACCAGCAGUAUAGCGUUACACGCCAUGUGGAACGAGCACUUUGGAAUUAGUGUGGUGGAGUGCAUGGCGGCGGGGCUGGUGACGGUCGCGCACCGCUCGGGCGGGCCGCGGGCGGACAUCAUCGAGACGUGCCAACCUUCGCGCACAGGAUUCCUUGCUGCCGAACCAGACGAAUAUGCUCGGGCCAUAUUAGAAAUUAUAGCUUUACCUCCCGAAGAGAAGAAGAGGAUUGUAGAAGCUGCCAGGUCGUCAGUAGACCGUUUCUCAGAGAAGGAAUUCGAGAAGGCUUUCCUUCGCUGCGCCGAACCGCUUUUGAGAAUCGACUAGCGAACGUCUUUAGCCGCUUGGCUUGACGAACUAGAAGUUAUUACUGCCGACUAUUGGUAUAACAUGCUUAGGGUGUGAUAGCUACAUUUGACCGUGACUCAUUGAAAUGAGUGAAAAGUUUAUGAAAGUGUAGAUUUCUAUGUGAAACUUUACAUCUCGGAUAUAUGCUGUGCGCUUUUCGUGAUACACGCUAGGUGCGAUUUCUGUCGUGGAAUUCUUAGAAUAUUGUAUAGGAUUCCGCUCAUUUCUGUAGGAACUGGUUUAGAUAGCAAAUUUAAAGGAAUGCCAAUGAAUUAUGUAGUUUUUGAAGUUCUAAAAUAGAGAAGUCUGGUUAGUUAUUUAUGUAUAUAUAAAAAUAACCAUACAUAAAUAAAUCUAACCAGACUGAUCUCUGUAUAUAAAAAAAAAACUUUGUAAAUCUUAACUUGUAAUUGGAAAUAGAAUGUGCUUUCAGAUAUUACUUAGUAAAAUUGGUCGUAUUUUCACAUUACAUACAGUACCUACCUAAUAACUUUUGUAACUAACCUAAUGCAAUAAUACCUCGCAUACUAAAUCAGUUAAGUAAAUUAUAUUAAAAAUUACUUGAAAGAAUGUGAAAACAUUGUAGGUACAAAGCACUUCAUUUGGGCAGUCAGUUAAAUUAGAUUCGCUAGCUUUUUUGCAAUGUGCUGAUUGCCCUAAAUAGUUUAACAUAUAAUUGUAAUUGGUAUACGUUGACGAUAUCGCUUCUUUACGCAAUAUGUUUCAAAUAAAUUUAAAACGCUCUAUUGCUAAAUUUAAAAAAAAUCUAGUUGAACAAAUAAUGCGAAAAAAUGCGUGAAAUAUGUAAUGCGUCAUAGAACUUCAUAUCUUAGCGCUAAGAAUAGCCUAAACAAUGCAUUUGAAACUAAACUACGUAGGUAUAAUGUUAAAUGAGCUGUUGUUAUUAAAUGUGCCACUAGUUUGGCCAGUCAUUGCAAUUUAAUGUGUUUUUUUUUUUUUAAUUUUUUUUAGAACUUUGAUUUAAUACCUUUGAUGUUAUAACGAUAUAUAGCACAUGAUAUUUGUUUGUUCUUUUUUUAGUUUUCUUAAUCCAUAAUACAAUGUUAUUCAACUGUAAAUAAUGAUUGUAACGUUACUUAACUAUAACUAUACUUUGUGAUUAUUAUAAGUACGUUCCAUUAGUAUAUAAGAUAUCGCAAUAAAUUAUUUACCAAAGUUA